AUGGCAAACCACAUGCUGAAGAUUUAUAUGACUGGAUCCUCUGGACUCACAGAGAUUCCUGCAUACGAAGCAGUUGUAGAAGUUAAUGACAUCCAGGCAAUGUACUGCAAUGCAAAAGUAGUCGAAGAAAAACAGGACUGGGUGCAGCAAAUAUUUAAUGAAGAUCCAAAUCUAUUUGAGCUGUCUAAAAGUUCUUGUUAUUUGGAGAGUCCUGUCUUCUUCAGAAACACCAUUAAUACACUUAUGGGUCACUUCAAUCAAAGUGAAGGUAUCCAUAUUAUCCAGUGUACAGGUGGCUGUGAACUAAACAAGGAGACUGGAGAGCUAACUGGUUUUGUGAAGUUCGGUUAUGAUGGAGAAGACCUUCUUGAAUUUGAUUUAAAAGGACAAAAAUGGAUUGCUCUGAGAGAAGAUGCUCUCUUUCUAAAAGAGCUUUGGGAUACAGAUAAAGCAGAGAUUAUUUUUAUCACUGAACUUACCACAAAUGCAUGCUAUCAGUGGCUCAAUGAAUCCUUGAUUUCUGGAAAUAACACUCUUUUAAGAACAGAUUACCCAUCUGUGGCUCUCCUUCAAAAGACUGCGUCCUCUCCAGUUAGGUGCCAUGCCACAGGUUUCUAUCCAAAGACAUUCUUAAUGUUCUGGGCGAAAGACGAAGAGGAAAUUCAUGAGGGUGUUGAACAUGGGGAUGUCCUUCCCAAUGAUGAUAAUACGUUCAAGUAUCAUGUAGAUCUUGAUAUCUUAUCAAUCCCACCUGAAGACUGGAAGAGGUACGAAUGUGUAUUUCAGUUUACUGGUGCUGAGGACAGAAUCCUGACCAAGCUGGAUGAAGCAGUGAUUGAGACCAACAGAGAUUCUGAAGAUUCACCUCAGAUAAGGAUCAUCAUCAUUGUUGUAAUUUCUGUUCUGAUUGUCAUCAUCAUCAUUGCAUUAGGAUUUACUGCUUGCAAGAGGGAAAAUGAGAGACCUCUCACCCCCGAUUCUGAAAAUAUCUUUCUGUGAGAAUCAUACUUCAGAUCAAGAAAUGCAGCAUUCUGCCCUGGAUUCACAUCCAUGCUCCCUAUAACAACCAGCUAAUGACCAAAAAAGUUUGUUCA